CUUUUUCACAUCCACAACUGGUUAAUCUCCAAGCUACUUAAAAGUUUUUACUCUUUCAAACCUAAUAGGCUAAUUUUUCCUACUGCUAAUUACGUUUGGUUGUAGACUCUACUUGUCUAACGACAGACUGAGUCACUCUUUAAUCUGAAAAUUAGACUCAAGGUAUUUCUAGCAUAGGUAGCUUAAAAACAUCAAUACAUUUUUUUUAAAGAAAUGUUUUGUCAAAUUUGUUUUUAUUAAGGUAAAAACUAAAAACGAAGAAUUCGCUUUUAAAGCAAUAUUGCUGCUUGUAAUACCGUUCCAUUUUUUGUUGAUAUAGGAGUAGUGUAACAUACUUAUAACCGAGUUCAUAGUACAACACUCGGGAGAUCAAUUUAGCAUAAAAUAUACUUUAUACAUACCGGAAAGUAAUAAUACCUAAUUGUGCAUUUUUCCUUUUUGAACAUAAUUAACGUGUUUGUUGUUUUACGAUAAAAUAUCAUUUUUCUAAAGACCUAUGAUCUCCACAACAUAACUGUACCUCCUUUUUCUUAGCUGUUUUCCUUUAAGUUAAUCGUGAUUAUACGCAUCAAAGCUGAAAAUUUACGACUUACAAUACAAUACAUUAACGUCUUAUCUUUGAGGUGACGUAAACCCAAAAUGAUACCUACUCAAAUUUAACGGGAUCCAAACGGUAUAAAUACCAGAGUGUUUAUAUCAAAAUGUAUUAUUCAAUCAAAAGUUGGCACAUAUCGAAUGCUAUUUGUUUUAUUUUUAAAGCAAACCGUGAAUCGAGAAAAAAAAAUGAAUACAGUCGUGGAUUUUCCAAAAGAUUUUUUGUUCGGCGCUUCGUCCAGUGCUUAUCAAAUUGAAGGCGCAGUGCUCGAAGACGGAAAGGGUGUGAACAUUUGGGACGUGCAUUUGCAUAAGAAACAAACUUCGAAUCUCGUAUGUGUCAAGCGCCCGAAAGAUUUACCGGAUAAACACAAGGGAAAUGCCAAGUUUGUGGGUAUUUCAAAAAUGAAUCACAUUUUUAUGAUUUCGGGUGACAAUUUGACAAACCCCACCUCCAAUGCUGAUGUUGCAAAUGCCAAUGUUGCCAAUGCUGAUGUUGCAUGUGACUCUUAUCAUAAGACUGACGAGGACAUCGCCCUUCUGAAAGAACUCAGCGUUCAAGUAUACCGAUUUUCGGUAAGCUGGUCGAGAGUUUUGCCAACCGGAUACGAUCACGAACCAAAUGAUAUCGCGAUUAAACACUAUCAAGAUUUCAUCGAUAAAUUACUCGCCAACAAUAUUCAACCAAUGGUAACUAUGUAUCACUUCGAUCUUCCUCAAAGAUUACAGGAUGUUGGUGGUUGGGCAAACAAUUACAUUUUGGGAUGUUUUGCGAGCUACGCCCGGUUUUUGUAUAAAACAUUUGGAGAUAAAGUGAAACUGUGGACAACAAUUAACGAACCAAGGAUGGUGUCCGAAGGCUAUGGAGGAUUUUAUGGGUGUGCUCCAAAUUUGGGUGAAAAAUUCGGCGGUAUUGGAGACUACUUGGCUAUUCGUAAUAUGAUGCUUGCUCACGCUACGGCGUACAGAAUAUACGAAAAUGAAUUCAAGUCCACUCAAAAUGGGGAAGUUACCAUAUGCUUCGAUGUGACUUGGGGAUUCCCGCGUAAUGAAAAGGACGAAAAUGAUUUAAAAGCCUCAGAGUUGGUGUUACAACAUAAUGUCGGUAUAUUUAUUGAACCGCUGGUAAGUGGAAACUUUCCAAAAAUCGUUGUGGACUGUGUUGAAGACACAAAUAAACGGAAAGGAAUUAAUACUCGGCGAAUUAUUCCGUUCACCGAAGAAGAAAAAAAAGUACUCAUAGGUUCUUACGAUUUCAUGUCAUUUAAUUAUUAUACCGCUAUGAGAGUGUCACUAAUGUCUGAGGAAGAACUGGAAAAAGAAACGGAUUUGAAAGUCAUCGAUAAAAAAGUUAACUCAGGGGACUGGAAAGCGCCUCACGAACCGGAAGACAAUUAUAACGGAUUUACGAAUAUUUUAAAAUGGUUAAGCGAAAAAUGUAAGAAGGACACCAAAUUCUUUAUUUGUGAAAACGGAGUUGCCGACGAAAAAGAGAAAUCACCCGAAGAAAACACUAAAAAUAAAAUUGAAUAUCAUCGUGGUAUUUUAGUGGAGUUGAGUAAAGCUUUAAAGAACGAUAUUAAUGUUUUCGGGUAUUGCGUCUGGUCGCUAAUGGAUUCCUUUGAAUGGGGUAAUGGAUACAAUGAUAGAUACGGUAUUUAUGAGGUGGACUUUGAUAAGUCAGACAGACCUCGUUCAAAGAAAGGCUGUUUUGACUUUUUCAACAAGUUGUUCCAGGAAAAGAAGUUACUACCACUUACGUCAAGCUGAACUACAAAUAUUUUUUUUUAACAUAAUCUAAAUAGAACCAUAAACUAAUUUUUCUUUUUAAAAAUAGUUGUUAGUAAAAAAAAAAUGUACUCGAUUAAUAGAUUUUUAAU